ACGGAAAAAUCUGUUCAGAGAAAACGCUGGUUCUCCUGGUAAAGAGCCCUAAAUCCUAAUUACUCCUCCGCUGCAGCAUUCUUCCCUGGCUGACUUUACCCAUCCUCUUCCGCCGCUUUCGGCCCUUCCACCGGGGUGACUUGCCGCCUAAGGUGCUGAACCUCCAUUGACCUCGAGUCCUCGACCCGCUGCCCCAAUUUCCCCCACCCAGCAAAAAGGUCCUAGGCAGAGAGCCAAGAACUAAAGCAAAAAAUUUAGCUAAUCUCCGCAGAGUUUGCAAAGGAGGCAAUUUUCCACCUUGCAGCAGUAACCAUUGACUGACUAGAACUCAGUUGUUGUCUCCUGGUACUCGUUUGAGAGAAUCAACAUCCAGCUCAACUUGUGACUGAGAGUAAGAGGAUUCACUCCUAGGAGCAGUGCUAUUGCCAGCUUUCCCAACCUUCAGUACUACGUUGCACUCACUCGAGAUUGAUGUUAAUUUGUGGAAUCGGAUAAUAUGUCCAAAGUGAAGGAUAAAAAGAAAAGGUUGAGAUCUGUGGCACAGCACACAGGCAAUACUGAUGAGGCUUACAAAGUUGAUCAGCCCAAUGGCAAAGAUGAACUGGGAGAGCAUGAAGACAAUCAUGCUAAGAGAAAGUUGAGGAAUAAGAAACGAAAGAAUAACCAGAUAGCUGAAAGAGAAAGUAUUGACAGGGACAAGACUUUUCAUGAAACAGAAGAUGGAUCAGGUGAACAAAAUGACAGAUCCGAUGAAGUGCAAGAAAAUGAGAAAAGAAAACUAAAGAAAAAGAAGAAUAAAACGGAAAAGAAAGCCCGGUUCAGCAACAUGAAGUCUAUGGUUGAAGAUAAUUCUGAGCGACAGAUUGAUGGAUUAGGGGAACAAAAUGGCAGAUCCAAUGAAGUGCAAGAAAAUGAGAAAAGAAAAUUAAAGAAAAAGAAGAAUAAAAAGGAAAAGAAAGCCCAGUUCAGCAACGUGAAUUCUAUGGUUGAAGAUAAUUCUGAGCAACAGAUUGGUAAGUCGAGAGAAAUUCAGAAUAAGGACUCUAGAUCAUCAAAUUUGGAGGAGAAUUUAAUACGGAAGAGAGAUGCUGAUGCAGAUGAGAUCUAUGAGAUUUCUUCAGGGGAUGAAGACUACUCAAAAGGAAUGAAAAAAUGGAUUAUGGAAUACCAUCAGCGAAGACCAGGAUUAAAAGUACUACAGGAAAGAAUUGAUGACUUUAUAACUGCUCAUGAGGCACGGGAGGAGCAGGAAAGAAAAGAAAGAGAAGCCCUGGCUGCUGAAGAUGGAUGGACUGUUGUUACUCAUCACAGAGGCAGGAAAAAGACAACAGAUGCUGAAACUGGAGUAGCUGUUGGCUCUGUUGCCCAGGCUGCUGUUCUCGACAAAAUGGCCAAAAGGAAGAGUAAAGGAGCGGGGCUAGAUUUUUAUCGCUUUCAGAAAAGGGAAGCACGGAAAAAUGAGAUUUUGUUGCUGCAAGACAAAUUCGAACAGGAUAAAAGGAAAAUACAGCAAUUAAGAGCAGCGAGGAAAUUCCGACCUUAUUAAGUGCUUCUAAUAUGUAUUUCUAGGAAAUGCUUUCCUAAUUUAUUUGAAGUCGCAACGUUUUUAAAAUCCAUAGAAUGUGCGUCAAUAGAUAUCAUGGAACUGAUUUUAAUCUGUAAAGGAUGGAGAACAGGAAAAACAAAUAAGCUGUCUGAAUACGAUUUUUGUUGUCACUGGAAAUUAUUAAUA